UCAAAAUUAAAUUUUAUAAAUCUAUCCAGCUUUCUAUUACAGCUGGAAUUUAUCUAGGCCGGUUAGGAAAAUACUGGAAACCGCGUUUCAUUUCCGGUACAUAUUUGCACUGGAUAUACUUUCUAAUUAAAAUAAAGGCUUAAUUAUGUCGUUCUUAGUGAAACGAUUCGCUCGCAGGGCCCUUGCCCCGGCAUUGUCUUCUAUGAAAAGCCAGAACUUUUCAACCACCUCUGCAGUGUUUGUACCUAAAGUUCAGAAAGCGGCGCCAAACUUUGAAGCCACUGCAGUAAUCAAUGGUGAAUUCAACAAACUGAAAUUGUCAGACUAUUCCGGAAAAUAUGUUGUCCUUAUCUUCUACCCAUUGGACUUCACAUUUGUAUGCCCAACUGAGCUGAUUGCAUUCAGUGAGAGAUCUAAAGACUUUGCCGGUAUUGACUGCCAAGUGAUUGGAGUGUCUACAGACUCUGAGUUCAGCCAUCUUGCAUGGACCAACACCCCUAGGAAGGAUGGUGGUCUAGGCAAGUUAGAGAUUCCGCUUCUUGCUGACUACAAAAAGACGAUUUCAAGAGACUAUGAUGUCCUCCUUGAUGAGGGCUUUGCUCUUAGAGGUCUUUUCGUCAUCGACAGGAACGGAAUCCUAAGACAUAUGUCUAUCAACGACUUGCCGGUCGGUAGAUCAGUAGACGAGACGCUCAGGCUGGUGAAAGCUUUCCAGUUUGCCGAUAAACACGGAGAAGUGUGCCCCGCCAAUUGGAACCCAGAAACGAAUGCUGACACGAUCAAGCCAAACCCACAGGGAAGCAAGGAGUACUUCCAAAAAGCCAACUAACUUCCACAGCAGUAUUGUAAUUUGAACCCUACGCAUUUAUGUAUAAGAGUAAAUUCGCCUUACACUAGGAAAGUUUUGUCAAGUUGGUGUUUCAAAAGGGGUUAAAGGUUCAGGUUUUAUUUGAUCAUUAUUUUCUGGGAAAAUAUUGUAGCGUAUUGUGAAUGAUAUUGUUUUGUCCACCUUUAUAUGAGUUAAUUUUUCAGUAAAAUUUUUAUUGAGUA